AUGACGGAAAUCGGCGUGGAAGCGGAGUUUGCCCUUGAGGAGCCCAGUCUCAAAUUUCACCGGCUGGCAAAUGACUGUCCGGAGUCCUACGCCAAAACUGAAAUAACGACCGUCGCUGCUCAUUAUAAGGUCCUCAUUUGUAUGCUCUCAUUCAUUGUCCUGGGGUACAUGAACGGAACACUAGAUAUUUUUGAUCAUCUUGGAAACCUAAUUCAAAAUGGGCGUCACCGAAAACAUUUUUGCCCAAUCAACCAAAUAGGAAUAUCAGAUGACGGCGACUUUGUGGUCAGCUGUGCAGAUGAUGGCUUUGUGUUCGUUUACAACCUACUGGAGCCUGAACUAAAUGAGUUAAUUAAUCUGAAGCGCCAGAUCAAAGCAGUCGCUAUAUCUCCAGAAUAUUCCAGAACUAAGAGGCUUGUUACCGGAGGCAAGGCCUUGACACUUCAUUCCCUUGGUGUCUUCGGUCGUCGUUCAGCUGAGGAGCUGUACCUUCCCCAGUCUGGCGUGCAAAACAUCAAAUGGCGCAAGAGCAUCCUGAUCUGGGCCGAUGAUAGCUCUGUCUAUGUCUACAAUCUGCGCAGGCGCCAACUGAUAAAUUACAUUCCAAAACCGCCAAGUACCUCAGACCCCACAUUCAGCGCCACUUGGAGUUCCUCGGUUUCCAACGACGAUCGCGAAUCGCUCAUCUCCAUUCCCGAAUCCAGUAUUUCUGGAUCCCUCACACCUUCCAAACAAAGUGUCCAAAUCGCCAUCCAGCACGAUUUGGCACAGGAUGAUACCGUUGGCGUGAUCUGCGGCAUUGCAGCUCACAAUGACCGUGUUCUGGUGCUCCUCUGUCCUCAGAAGUCCAUCGAAAGCUUGCUAGUGGGGACUCUGGACGAGGACGCAAGCCACAACAAGCCGCCGCAGCUUCUUGUUGCAGACGUUGGGGAGGCCCUCUGUGCUCCCGCUUGUCAACAAACCGACACUGCGUCAGUCCUCUCGGCAACGUAUCCGUUCGAGGAAGUUAGUCGGGAGGACGUUCUGAUAAAUCUCUCUCCGAGUUACAGUUGUCGUGAUGUGGGACUAGCAACCGUUCCUGGUGAAGACACUCAUUUCGUCUUCUCCCACGUCGAUAUAAUUUGUGCACAAGUUCUGUCUGCCGACGACCGAGUGGAUUGGUACCUGGAGCAGGAUUUGCCCCAGAGGGCUCUUCAAAUCGCCAGUGAGCACUCAGGUGAAUUGGUCCGUCAUUCACUAAAGCAACUUGGAAUGACCUACUUGGACAAGUUGAUCGAGGAGGAGAAUUACCUUGGCGCCGCACGCCUCUGCAAUAACAUCCUGACAGACAAAAAGUCUUGGGAGGACCAGGUUUUCCGAUUUCUCCAUCUUGGACAGUUGCAUAUUCUUGUCCCAUACCUACCAACCGCAAAGAACUUGAUCACUUCUUCCACCUACGAAGUUAUUCUUAUUGAUCUCUUAUCCAAAUCUCCAUCGAAGUUUUUACAAAAACUCAAGGACUGGCCUCCCAGUAGUAGACUUUACUCCCUUAAUCCUAUUAUCGCAGCAGUCGAGGAACGAACGUCUUCGUAUUCCCACCAAGAUGUGUUUACGACUGCUAGUCAGGACCCCGAAAUGCAUGCUCUAUGGCGCGCGCUUGUCGUACUUUAUGAAAAUGUCGGUCUUCCUGAGAAAGGCCUUGAAAUUUCUAUAAAAUUAAAAGAUCCCGACGUUUACGACCUUCUUCAACGCCAACUACCGGGCACUCAAGGUGGAUGUUUCGGAUCUAUAGUUCGCAAAAACAUCGUUGCUCUAUUUGAAAUAGACAUUCAAAGAGCUCUGGUCUUAAUGAUUGACUGCUUGCGGGAACUUCCUGUCGAUUUCGUCGUUCAGGAACUCGAUUCUCAACCAAUGUUGCUUUUCAAAUACCUAGACGCCCUCAACACGCGGAAUCCACAGGCAGCUGUUCCACACGUGCAUCGAUUGGUGAAGUUGUACGCGUCUUACGCGCGCGAUCAACUACUUCCCUUCCUCCGAUCCACUCACCAAUAUCCCCUCAAUGAAGCCCUAGCACUUUGUCAGUCGCUCAACUACGUCCCCGAAACCGUCUACCUCCUGACCAGGGUCGGUCGCCGGAAGGAUGCACUGAAACUGCUCAUGGAGAAGGGCUCUGAAGAUGCGUUCCUCUUUGGUGACAAAGCGUUGACUCCGGAACAGCGUCAGGCCGAAGUUGCUGCUCAAGCGAUCGCCUAUUGCUUGGAGGAGGAUUCAGCUCAGGGUCGCCCUUACUUCACCGCUUAUGACAACUCAGAGAAGCGACGUACCUUACGCAUGGAUCGGGAUCGAAGUGAUUGCCUUGACGAGGAUUCCGAGCUUAGAGAAGACGAAGAGAUGUGCGCUACAUCCUCCUCUCUGGAGGCUGGGGAGCUGUGGAACCAGGUGGUCCUCUUCGCUGUCGAUAAACCAACGUUCAUAUGCGCCCUCUUGAAGCACGCUAGCACCGAAAGCAUUGAUCCAUCACUACUGUUGCGCAGAAUCGCACCGGAAACCGAGAUUCCUCACUUGAAGGAGUCGUUGGUAAACUUACUGCACAACACUCAAAUGCAAAUUGAGCUCCGUCGAAGCUGCCACAACAUCCUCCUGAAGGACUCGCAUGAAAUGUUUUCGCGUUUAGUCCAGGUUCAAGGCCGAGGCAUGCGCGUUAACAUACAACCUAAUUCGAGUAGGGGUGUCUGUCGCGUCUGUCGACAGGCGCUUUUGAGUCCAGAGUCAUCGCAGGGUCACCGCGAUGUCGGCGAGGGAGGUGCCCUACACCAACCUGCCCUCGCGGUGUUUCGCUGCUCACACACGUUUCACCAGGCCUGUCUGUCGUUGUUCGGUCGGUUUAUUGCUUGCCCCGUCUGUGUGCAAGACCGCGUGGCCGCAUAG